AUGAGAUUAUCACAAAGCAUUUUUCUCUCGUUAGGGCUUCCCUUAUCGUCUUUUGCCCUCCAGAAUGACCUCCAGAAACCAUUGACCUUCACCAAUCCGUUUGACAACAUCAAUGCUCCACACUGUCCUGCGAAAACCCCAUUAUCUUGCCAACGAAAGUCGGAACCAGUGGAUUCUUGCUGUUACGAUGAUGUACUUUUCCUUUCGACCCAGUUCUGGAAUUAUUAUCCUGCCAUUGGGGCCAACGAUACCUUCACCCUUCAUGGAUUAUGGCCAGAUAACUGUGAUGGCUCAUACGAGCAAUUCUGUGAUAGCUCCAUGAAUAUUAACAACGUCACAGAAAUUCUCGAGCAAUUCGGAGAACAUGAACUCUUGGAGAAAAUGAAGGAAGUGUGGUUGAACAUCAACCAUAACGAUGAAUCACUCUGGCUUCAUGAAUUCAACAAGCACGCUACCUGCAUUGAUUCCAUUAAGACCCCAUGUUACGGGGGCUUGGGCACCAAUUACCAACCGCACCAAAACGUGGUGGAUUUUUUCAAAGUCACCGUCAAUCUUUGGGAGAAAUUGCCGACCUUCCAAUGGCUUGCCGAAGCUGGAAUCCACCCAUCCGUCGACGUUACUUAUACCAAAAAACAAAUUGAAGAAGCGUUGGCCGAGAAAUUCGGCGCCACCCCAUUCAUCAAAUGUAAUCGAUUCAAUGGGAUCCAAGAAAUCUGGUACUUCAAUACCAAAAAAGGGUCAUUAUUGGAACAAAACUUUAUUCCGUUACCGAGCUUGAUGGAUGGUAAAUGUCCCGAUGAAGGCAUCAAGUUCUAUCCAAAGGGUUCUUUGGGUAAAGAACCACCAAGAAAAGGUGGUCCAACUAGAGGUUACGUGAAGCUAGAUGGUCAGGAUGGUUGUUUGAUUAGAUCGGGAAAGUGGAUUAUCGGCGGCAGUUGCGCCACUUAUUAUUUGGAAGACGCCCCGUUCGGAGGCCAUCAACUCAAGUCAAGAAACGGGUAUUGUUCGAUUUCUAAAACUGAUGGCUCGCUCAUUUGUGCCAAGAAUAUCAAGCCAAUGCAGUUCCAAUUAGACAAAUCCACUGGAUUCUUGGGGCUCAAUGGGAAAGAAUCUUGGAGUACCGAUAAAGCCCCAAGAAAGUAUCAUUACGUUCCAGUGUAUCUUGGUGAUCAGAAGGAUGUGAAGUUUAAGUUGAGAUUUGAUAAGAUUUGA